AACCGCUGAAUCACCGAAUACUGCCCCACUCUGAUUUACAUGACUCCGCUCAAAAACCCUGCUCACAUCUCGCGUGGUUCUGUCUCUGGCAACCCCUCCCUUCUCGCUCUCUCUCUUCCAGCCUGUCAGUGCCGUAGCUAGUACAGGAGGGUGACAGUCCUCCCCUAGACCCAGCCUGCCGUACCCUGACCGAGGCUUGGAGACCCUUCCCCCCCCGCUCAGCCAUGGCUACUACUAUCGUUACAUCCACACGCUUUACAGAUGAAUACCAACUCUACGAGGAGCUUGGGAAGGGAGCGUUUUCAGUGGUCCGCAGAUGUGUGAAGAAGUCAUCAGGUCAGGAGUUUGCUGCCAAAAUUAUCAACACCAAGAAACUCUCAGCCAGAGAUCACCAGAAGCUGGAUCGAGAGGCUCGCAUCUGCCGUCUUCUCAAACACUCCAACAUAGUGAGGCUACAUGACAGUAUCUCAGAGGAAGGCUUUCACUACCUUGUCUUUGAUCUGGUGACGGGAGGAGAGUUGUUUGAGGACAUCGUUGCUAGGGAGUACUACAGCGAGGCUGAUGCCAGUCAGUGUAUCAACCAGAUCUUGGAGAGUGUCCAACAUAUCCACCAGCAUGACAUCGUCCACAGGGACCUCAAGCCUGAGAACCUGCUCCUGGCCAGUAAGAUGAAGGGCGCAGCGGUGAAGUUGGCAGACUUUGGCCUGGCCAUCGAGGUGCAGGGAGACCAACAGGCAUGGUUCGGUUUUGCGGGUACCCCUGGCUACCUGUCCCCUGAGGUCCUGAGGAAGGACCCCUAUGGCAAGCCUGUGGACAUAUGGGCCUGUGGUGUUAUUCUGUAUAUCUUGUUGGUUGGCUAUCCUCCAUUCUGGGAUGAAGACCAACACAAACUCUACCAGCAGAUCAAGGCUGGGGCCUAUGAUUUUCCCUCUCCCGAAUGGGACACUGUUACGCCAGAGGCUAAGAACCUGAUUAACCAGAUGUUAACUAUUAACCCUUCCAAGAGGAUCACUGCUGAUCAGGCUCUCAAACACCCAUGGAUCUGCCAACGUUCCACCGUGGCGUCUAUGAUCCACAGACAGGAGACAGUGGAAUGUCUGCGCAAGUUCAACGCUCGGAGGAAGCUCAAGGGAGCGAUCCUCACCACCAUGCUGGUGUCCAGAACCUUCUCAGCAUGCAAAAGUUUACUGAACAAGAAGGCGGACGCUGCUAAGCCCACGACCAACAACAACAGUAAGAACAGCAUCGUGAGCGCUAUAAAUGCCAUGAAGGACAACAGCAUGGCUGCCUCACAGAUGGAAUCUCAAAAUACAGUGGUUGCUACUGAUGGGAUCAAGGGUUCUACAGAGAGUUGCAACACAAAUGAGGAUGAGGAUAUGAAAGGGGACAGCGUUGUGAUGAUGAGUCAGGGCAGUGCUACAGAGGAGAUGCCCUCCCUUCUGACCUCGUCUGACAACUCGCCUGCCACUGUUCCUCUGCAUGAUGUAAAGCGCAUGGCGUGGAACAGCUCCGAUCAAGGCUCCAACCCCGAGUCGGGGCACGCUCAAUCUGCUUCCCCUGCUGCUCUGCUAGGGAGCAACACUGUCCCUGUCACAGUCAAUACCACCACACAGCACACUCGUAAGCAGGAGAUCAUCAAGAUAACUGAACAGCUGAUUGAAGCUGUGAACAAUGGAGACUUUGAGGCCUACACGAGGAUCUGUGAUCCAGGUCUGACCUCCUUUGAGCCUGAAGCUCUGGGGAACCUGGUGGAGGGCAUGGACUUCCACAAGUUCUACUUUGAAAACCUGCUGAGUAAGAACAGUAAGCCGGUCCACACCACCCUGCUGAACCCCCACGUUCACCUGAUUGGAGAGGAGGCUGCCUGCAUCGCCUACAUCCGCCUCACGCAAUUCGUCGACGGUCAGGGACGCCCCCGCUCCAGCCAAUCGGAGGAGACCAGGGUGUGGCAUCGCCGUGACAGCAAGUGGCUCAAUGUCCACUUCCACUGCUCUGGGGCUCCGGCCGCACCGCUGCAGUGAACUGGUGUCCAAAUGCUCCAGGCUAUUGGAGUGUGAGUUUUGGGGCGUGUUUUCGGCGUGUGUUUUGGGGGCGUGUCCUCUUUGUGGGUUGACCAAUGCCAGGAGCCCGGCCGGGCAAGACUGCACCCUCUCCACAACACCAACCAAUCCAGUCUCUCCUUUGAUCCGCUGGGGGCCGGCCAAGUGUGGAUUCCGCCCCUGUGGGAUGAUGCAUGCAUCUGACGGCCAAUAGGAGGGCUCGUCCUUUGACCUCUGACCCCUCCCACCCGGCAGCCAUUUUGUCUCCCGUCCAUGGCCGCCAUUUUGAGAUGAGAGGAGCGGGGAGGAACGGGUUCAUGAACUUGUGAUGACAGUUAUGAGAAUGAGUAUACAGUGUAAUAUAUGACUAGUACAAGAACACCCAACCCUAACAAGCAUUUAUAUAUACGAUGAGAGGAGAGUGUGUGAUGGUAGUAGAUGACAUGUUGGAAAAAAAUUAUCUCCGGAGCAGGAGUUGCUCUCUUUCCCAGAGAAUGUAAAUGGAGAAAUCCCAAGCAGAAUGCUAUAUGGAAGGACAGUUUCAAUCAGAAAUAUGUAGGAACCUGAUGCGAGAAACUUGAUAUCAAAAGGUGAAGCACCAAAGUGUAGAACUUUAGGCUUUGUACGAGUUUGUUUUUUUUGUGUUUUUUUUUAAGAGAAGGUAGUGGUGCAUUCGAGAGCACUGUUUCUGUUGUGUUUUUAGCCUUGUGUUUAUGUUGCGUUUCUGUGGACUGAGUCUGAUGUAGUCAAUUUUAAGCGACUGAGUAAAAAAAAAAAAAGUUUUGUGAAAGUGAACUUGCAGUAUGUACCUGCUGUCUGUUUUAUCGUUCUGCAGUGGGAGAUGGCAAAUUUGGGGGAAAGGCAUCUGCAUUUUAAAUGUUUUCCUUCUUCCUCUCCCCUUUUCUUGUCCUCCUUUUUUUUUUGUCCCUCCAUUCUGUUUCUCACUCCCACCCCCUGGCUGUGUGUGUGUGUGUGUGUGUGUGUGUGUGUAAUUGUACAUAGCAUGUACGUGUGUCUAGGAGUCACUCAGAGUGCAUGACAAAGGGGUGGAAACUUGUCUAACACACACUAACCGGCUCUAGUCCCAUGUCCAUGUUACUGACACCAUUUUGACAACCUCUGACCUCCACACACAUGGAUACCAACACAUACACCUCCCAAAUUCUUAUUUCAACCUGAUGUCCUGAGCUGUCAGUCUCAUAAUAUCCUGUGUAAAUACACACUGAGGUUACAAAACCUGACGCCAAUCUUCACCACUGCAGUGCCCACGGUGAAACCCUGGCACUGUUGUUCGUGUUUUCGUCCCAUCAUUAGUAACUGUCUCUCCCUCUGUUUGAGCAGUCUGUUUAUCUGUGUGAAUGUGUGUGUGUGUGUGUGUGUUUAUAUAUAUAUAUGUGUGCAUCUCUGUUUGUUGGUUUGGGUUUUCUUGACAGUAAAAAAAAUAUGUUACUCUGCUUUUUGGAAAGUUCUGCAUUCUAUACACGCGCACACACUAAAGUUAGGCCAACUAUUAAACUGAUCAGACUAGCUGGUUCGAAUAUAACAGGGAUGGAAGGGACUGAAUUCAGAUCAGUUGUUGAGAAUAUAAAUCUGUUACACACACACACAGGAGGAAAUGGAGGGUAAACGAGGAGACAACUGAAUUUUUAUUGAUUACCAGUAAAUUAAUUGUAUUUCUCCCAGACAGUGGGAUUUUAAUCCUUAUAUUGCCCAUUCAGGUGGAGAGAAGUGUUCAGAGAUCAGAGAGGUAUUUAUGGAGUAAAACCAGAGAGCAAUGUAUGCAUGUUUCAGUUUAAGCAUCUCCACCGUGCACCUACCUGAACUAGGACGGAGGAUAAGGGUAUAUAUUAACUAUCAUAUUUGCAUAUUUUGAAAUGAAGAAAAAUGAAAAACUCUGCCUCCGUCCAGCAUAUUAAAUAGGUGACAGAUAAUAAAAUAAACCAAAAAAAUACUAUUUAAUUACAAAAAGGAUUGAGGAGCCUUGGCUUGUUAUGAAGCUCAUUGUCAGUACUCUCCCUGCGUUGUGAUGUUAACCUGUCGGGCUGCGCUUUCUUUCCCCAGCAGUCGUUGGAUGCUGGAGUUUUUUUGCAUGAUCAUGAUGUACGGUAAAUUAAAAUCAUGAAUUGAGGACGAUCAAAUGUUUGUCUAAUUGUUAGUAGGUCCUUUAUCAUAGCUUUGUUAUUCUUCAAAACUUGGAUCUUGAAAGUAUUUAAUAAAAAUACUAUUUCAGCACA